AAUGCUACGGACUUGUUGCAUGCCUAAAUCUCUCCAUAUAAAUAGAGAGUGAUCGUGACUAGAGAUACUUGCAGCAGCUGCAAAAUAAGCGAAGAUGACUACGCAAGGAUUUGCUCCCGUGCUUGCAGUAGCAUUGCUCCUUGCAGCAUUUCCUGCAGCGGUUCAGUCCAUUGGCGUGUGCUACGGCGUGAUCGGCAACAACCUGCCGGCGGCGAGCGACGUCGUGAAGCUCUACAAGUCCAAGGGGAUCGACUCCAUGCGCAUCUACUUCCCGAGGAGCGACAUCCUCCAGGCACUCACCGGCUCGAACAUCGCCCUCACCAUGGACGUCGCCAACGAGAACCUCGCCGCGUUCGCCGCCGACGCCACCGCCGCGGCCGCCUGGGUCAAGCAGAACGUCCAGGCCUACCCGGGCGUCUCCUUCCGCUACAUCGCCGUCGGCAACGAGGUCACCGGCGACGACACGGGCAACAUCCUCCCGGCCAUGAAGAACCUCAACGCCGCGCUCGCCGCGGCCGGCCUCGGCGGCGUCGGGGUGUCGACGUCGGUGUCCCAGGGCGUGAUCGCCAACUCCUACCCGCCUUCCAACGGCGUCUUCAACGACGACUACAUGUUUGACAUCGUGGAGUACCUGGCGAGCACCGGAGCGCCGCUGCUGGUUAACGUGUACCCCUACUUCGCCUACGUCGGCGACACGAAAGACAUCAGCCUCAACUACGCCACGUUCCAGCCGGGCACGACGGUGACGGACGACGGCAGCGGGCUGAUCUACACGAGCCUCUUCGACGCGAUGGUGGAUUCCGUCUACGCCGCGCUGGAGGACGCCGGCGCGCCGGACGUCGGCGUGGUGGUGUCGGAGACCGGGUGGCCGUCGGCCGGUGGGUUCGGGGCCAGCGUGAGCAACGCGCAGACGUACAACCAGAAGCUUAUCAGCCAUGUCCAAGGAGGCACUCCGAAGAGACCAGGGGUGGCGUUGGAGACGUACGUGUUCGCCAUGUUCAACGAGAACCAGAAGACCGGGGCUGAGACCGAGAGGCACUUCGGGCUGUUCAACCCCAACAAGUCGCCGUCCUACAAAAUUAGAUUCCACUAGACAAGAGUGAUAUACUAAUAUUACAUUUGGAUUUGGAAUAAGCUAGCUGCUCAUGUCAAAUGCAAAACCGCAUGCAUGCAUGGGAACGUACGGCCAGCAUAUAGUUUUGUGGUAAUAAGCACAGCUGCUCAAGAUUCAGCAACGUACGUGUAACUCUGCCUUGGCACUUUGGCAGUGAAUACUGAACAAUAACGGAAUUUAUAACUCUGUUUCCUUGAAAAUAAAACAGGGCACUUUGCAAAUA